CGCGUGGCGCUGGGGGGGCUGCUGGGCGGGCUGGGGGUGCUGGGGGCCGUGGGGCGCCUGGCCUGGAGCUCGCUCUUCGGCGGGGGGCUGGUGGAGGGGGCGCAGCGCCUGGGGGUCAUCGAGGUGCUGGGCUCCAUGCCCGACCCCACGCAGGACGCCGUGGGCGGGGGCGAGGCCGGGGCGGGCGACGAGGGGGGACCCCCGGAGCCCGAGCAGCCCCCCGAGGCGCAGCUGGAGGC